CAGCCCCCAGGAAGCCAGGUUCUAGAACAGGAACAGUCCUGAGACACCACGUGUCCUAGACUUUGAGCAGAACCCACGUCUAGGUUGCCUGGGGAAGACCUCUGGGUGUCUCUGGGCGGCUCAGGUGGCUUGCCUGUGUGCUGGGCCUCGAUGUGACUUUGGCCCAGCAGAUGAACAUGGCUUUGGGAGUUUGCCCACGAGGCCAGGGUUGGAAGCUUUCACAUGCUGGAACCCCGAGCGAGAGAAAGCCCAAGAUCACGGCCUCCCGGAAACUCCUGCUGAAGAGCCUGAUGCUGGCCAAGGCCAAGGAGUGCUGGGAGCAGGAGCACGAGGAGCGGGAGGCUGAGAAGGCCCGCUACCUGGCCGAGCGCAUCCCCACGCUGCAGACCCGCGGCCUGUCCCUCAGCGCCCUGCAGGACCUGUGCCGGGACCUGCACGCCAAGGUGGAGGUGGUGGAUGAGGAGAGAUAUGACAUUGAGGCCAAAUGCCUGCACAACACCAGGGAGAUUAAGGACCUGAAGCUGAAGGUGCUGGACCUCCGUGGGAAGUUCAAGCGCCCGCCGCUGCGCCGGGUCCGGGUCUCGGCUGAUGCCAUGCUCAGGGCCCUCCUGGGCUCGAAGCACAAGGUGUCUAUGGACCUGCGGGCCAACCUGAAGUCCGUGAAGAAGGAGGACACAGAGAAGGAACGCCCCGUGGAGGUGGGGGACUGGAGGAAGAACGUGGAGGCCAUGUCCGGGAUGGAGGGCCGGAAGAAGAUGUUCGACGCCGCCAAGUCUCCGACCUCGCAGUAGAGGCCGCCCUGCCGCCCCGUGCUCUGGGCUUCCGCGUCUCGCUCCUCCCUGCAGCCCGGCUCACCUGCCUCUCUGCACCCCACCCUGCCCCUCCGGAGCACCCCCUCCUGCCCUCGCCUCUCCCCUCCAGCCUGAGCGCCCUCCUCUGGGACUGGGACUGAACAGACACCCGAGAGGACCAACCCCCGUGUCUGAAGACCUCGCCCUAGCGGGGUGUAGACGCCUGCCGGCUGCGGUGGAGCCAGGCUGAGGGGGAAGGGGUGUGAGAGCGUCUUCCCUCUGGCCCCAAGCUGCAUCCCUCCACUGCUUCUCUGACCUGCAGAGUGCCCCCCACUCCGGGCAUCCCAGCUUCUCCAUUAAAAACCAGGCUCCUGGUCACCUCUG